AAGACAUUAUUGUGUGUUGUAGUGGAUCAGAUGUGACACUGUGAGAUGUCUCGCUGCAGCGCAGUUAAGAAAGCUCUGAUUUUCUUCACAUUUUCUCUUCAUCUUUCAUCAGCUGUAUGGUUUUCUGUAUUUACUCUAUAAAUCUUUACUAUAUUUAUUUACUCUGUAAUAUUAAAGUAUUUCCACUCGCGCCUCGCGCUGCAUGCGAUCAUCGCCGCACUUCAGCGCCUACUUCCGGGUUGUUGUGCGUUUCUUUACGUUGCCACGUGUGUUUUGUUUUCAUGGUCAAGUAUGUCUUGUCUUUUCCCGUGUCUGGUCAUUGGUUGCCUUCCGCCUGUGUCCUAUUAUCCGCUUGAUUGAUUUGUAUAUUGAAAUUCUUUAUUCGCUGCUAAGAUUUAUUUCCCCCUCAAAAUUAGAAUUACCCCUAAUAUUUUUAUUUGUUGAUAGCCUACCUCGAUCUGUGUGCUAUUCACGAGUUCGAUUCACUUUAUGGAUUUGUUUCAAAUACUCUUCAAAUAAGAUAUAAGACUUAACUGCAUCUGUAUCCGUCUCCUCUUCUAACACUUUUUCUGUUAUUCUUGUCAUUUCUGUCUCAUUUUAUCACAUAACUAAUUGGUUAAUUUUUGUUUACACCAAUCAGCCUUAAUAUUAAAACCACCUGUCUAAUAUUGUAUAUAUUCCACUUGGGCCACCAAAAUAAGUCAUUGGGACCUGAACUCCACAAGACCUCAGAUGUGCUGUGGUACCUAGUGAUGUAGUGUUAAUGUGUGUUUUUACUCUUUUACAGUCACACACACGCUUCAGUAUUUCUACACUGCAGUUACAGGAAUAAAUUUCCCAGAAUUCACUCUGGUGGGUCAGGUGGAUGGAGGACAGUUUGUGUAUUAUCCUCCUACAACCUGGCGCCCUCAUUAGAGGACAUCACGUUUUUGGUUGUGUGCAUCAUAAUACUUCAUUCUUUGUAACUGGAACCUGUUGUACAGAAAAGAAGUGGCUUCAUUUUAAACGGUAAUAUCUGGUCAUUAUAUUUAUUGGUUCCUCCUAACCCCAAAUAGGUAGAAGAAAUCUAAAAUGCAAGCUCAGGUCUUAGGAGGUUAUGGCAGUAACAUCAGGAAAAUGAUCCCAGAGACAGAGUGGAUACAGAAGAAUGUGGGAGAAGAGACACGAGUGUCAGUUUAUUCAGGAGAUCUACAAAGUCCAUGUGGCUACAGUAAUGCAGAAUUUUAAUCAGACUAAAGAUCCUCCUACAGCAUCAGUGAUCCAGAAACACUCACCUUCUCCAGAGGUGGUGUGUCACGCUACAGGUUUCUUCCCCAAAGAGGUGAUGAUCUCCUGGAGGAAGGACGGAGAGGACGUGAACGAGGACGUGGAGCUCAGAGAGACGUUACCCAACCAGGAUGGAAGCUUCCAGAAGAGAAGCAUUCUGAAAGUCCCAGCUGAGGAUCUGCAGAAACACACCUACACCUGCGUGAUUCAGCACAGCAGCUUGAAGGAGGAGUUAGUGCUAGAAGUACCAAAAGGUGGAGGACUGAUGCCUAUCAUCGUUGGUGUUCUCGUGGCUCUCAUUGUUCUCGUUGCCGUUGUUGCUGGAAUUAUGGUCUGGAAGAGGAAGAACUCUGACUUCAGACCUGUUCCACCCGAACCCUGUAAUAAACCUUUCUGAUCCAUAAACCAUGUUUAAAACCACUAUAUUAUUUAUUAGCAGGGUUUUAUCCACUUUGUGAUGGAUUUGAAUAUUUUACACCCCCUGAAGGACAUUCUUCCACCAACAACACUUAAAGCAUGACUGUGUUUCCUCCUGACAUGACAUGAGGUCCAGCAAAGCCUGUGGGAAGAAGCUCCUCCUCCACCAUGAUGUUGAUGUGACAGAAUCAUGACAGAUCCUGUGUGAGGUUGGACAGGUUUUCCCACUCAUACUGCUUGUGGUCUGUCUCUCACGUAGCUGGAGAUCCACGGGCAGAGAGACAGGCUCAGUUCCAGGAUCUCCAAUUUAGAGGCUCCUACACUGAACAGCCAGAGGUCACAGAAAGCUGUAGAUUAAACUGUCAUCCCCAGUGUCACUGCAAAGCUGAAAGAGGAUCAGGAGUCUGACUCUGUAAAUUACGCUGCUCACUAAUAAGAAAACCAAGAGGACAAUGAGACACUGUGAAAUGGAGGACCCACAUGUAUUAUAUUCAUCUGUUAGAUAUUAGCCAGUGUUACAUUUUUAUAUAAUACCAUAUAGCAUUUUUUUUCAAUUGCGUUCAAGUAUCAAAUGUUGUAAAGUUUUUUCAAGACCUUACAAGUACUCCUUACAAAUCUAAAUUGAAAUACCUGACCAAAUCCAAAUCUGUAUUACAACUCGACUAGUCAUUGACCAUUUGAGGACUUUGAGGCUGUUAAUCUUAUUUGUUUUUAUACAUUAACAUUAUUUUAAUUAAAAAAAAAAUUAUAGAAAAACUAUGUACAGUAUACAAUAAAAUAGACAAGGCUGAUUUGGCUGGGGUUUGUUUUAAAUUUUAAAUAAUUUUAAAUUCUAGUACAGAUUUUUGGUACACAAAUUUCUGUUACCAGCCUGAAGUUUAUAUUGUUGUGUUUUUCUUAUAAAACAGUAAUAUGUCAAAAAAAUUAAAGUUUUUCUUUUAUUAAUUCGUGAAUGUUGUGAAUAGUUUCAGCAAGACAUCGUGGUUCAGUCCAACAAUAAGGUCCAGUGUGGGUGUAACUGGGGUUUGAGUGGUCUGCCUGCAAAAGUACCAUGCUCUUGUUUAUCACAUGUAGCAUUGGAACUACAAAACUGUUUUGCACAACAAAUCCAUACAUUUUCAGUAGUGAUUAUAACCUGGAGCCUAUACCUGGGGUGGGGGGGCAAUCAUACACACACUCAUACACAUUAUAGACAAUCAAAGAUGCCAAUCAGCCUACAAUGCUUGUCUCCAGAAACCAGAGUACCUGGAGGAAACCACUGAAGCAUGGGGAGUACAUCUGUGCACAUAGGGAGGAGGUGGGAUUCUAACCCCAAACCCCAGAGGCAAAUGUGGUCAAAGGCAAUUGUGCUACCCCCUGCAGAAAAAAUGUACAUUUUAAAUAUGAUUAAGUGUUAGAAGAAAAAAACUGAACAUAUUAAACUAAAGAUGGCACUGAUCUGAUACCCAGGUUUAAGACUGGGCUGAUACCAACAGGAAAAUGUGUCAUAUAUUAG